CCAACAUGGAUAGUUUCGCAAUCUCGAGCCAGGUGGCGCAGUUGCUGCCGCGCAUGCAGGUGGUGGUCGUGGUUGCGCGCAAUGUUCAGUUGAGCGCCACGACGCAAGAGCGUGUCCGUGCAUUUGGAGAGUCAACCGCCGAAAGUACGCAUGCAAAGCUUAGCAGUUUUCCCAAUGCACAGUCGCAUCCAUUGAUAGCGCGCUAUCGGGACACGCUGAAGAAGGCCGUCUCGCUCUCGGCCAAAAAGUUUCCUCAGUCCAACGAGUCGCUCUAUAAGCGUCUGAUCAAAGACGGCAGAGCUCCUAGGCCCAUCAACCCGCUAGUUGACUUCUACAAUGCAGUGUCCAUCAAGCAUGGCGUGACAGCGGGAGCCUUUGACCUUACCGACCUUGCUGCUCUGCCCUCUUCGGGUUCAGCACCUGCCUCGCUCGAACUUCGACUCUCGGGCUCGUCAGACACCUUCCUAGCUCUGGAUGUGGCUCCAGACAGUGACCCUGUGCUGAUACCACCGGGAGAGAUUUCAUAUGCUCGUGGCAACAUCAUCCUAACCCGGCACCUCGCAUGGAGGCAGUCCUCGCAGGGGCUUGUGCAAGAGGGCACUCGCGAUGUGGUGAUUGUGAGCGAAAUAUUCAAUGAGCAGGACUCGCCUGAAGCGAGCGAGUUGGCGAAAGCAGUCAAGACUGACUUGGUUAACGGCCUCCGUGACUUCUUUGACGUCGCGGAGCCUUUGAAGAGCAUUCUGGGACAGGGCUUGGACAGCUUGAGUACUCCGUUAUAGAUAUCUAAGCUUCAAAAAAGAAUGUACAUGCUAUAGGGGAAGAUAAUCCAGACACAUUAGCUUUGUUCAUCGCCACAUGCUUGCGGCGCGGCGUUGCUGUUUCUUAUACGUGCUCCGUGAAUGCUGGAAGACCCCCUGCCAGUGUUUCCAGAUUCGAGUUGCGUUGCCUAUUCUUCUUUGACGGUUGUCUGCAGAUGCUCAACAACAUAGUUCACAAGUUCACCUUAAUCAUGGCAAUACCGAAUUUAUGUAUGAUGUUGAGACUGGCAUGGCGAAUAACU